AUGCCCGCAACACGAAACGAGGAGCGGCUCCACGAGCAUACGCCGUGUGUUCUGUUCUGCCGAGCCGCCGCCGAGGUUGAAGAAAGCAAGGCCUCGGUCGAUCCGUACCAAGCCGAAUGCGAGCGGCGUGGCUUCAGCGCCCGCUUCCUGCCUGUUAUUGAGCACAUAUCGUGCAACGUGGACUUGCUCCUGGACUACUUGGACGGUCGAUACGGAUCUCCUGCCGACUGUGGAGGCUUAAUUGUUACCAGCCAGCGUGCCGUCGAGACUCUGGAUGUGGCACUUCGGAAGCAUGUUGCUCAAUAUCCAGAAAGCUCCACGCUGGCAUGGAGAUCGGUGCCAGUCUAUGUCGUUGGCGAAUCGACAAAGCAAGCAGUUGAGGGCCUCAAUGAGGGGCUGGUGACAAGAGGGAGCCAUUGCGGGACAGCGCAAGCCCUUGCUGAGCUUAUUCUGCAAGAUUUGACUGCGACUGGCCAGCCUAAUACAUGGAUGCUGUUCUUGGCUGGUGACAAGCGCCGUAACGUUAUCCCUGAUGCCGUUGCAGCCUCGAAUGCAAAGCUGCACGAGAUUUGCGUCUACAAGACACAGGCCAACUCACGCCUGGAGCAUGAUCUUUUACAAGCACUGGAAAAACAUGAACGGCCGGACUGGGUGGUGUUUUUCAGCCCCUCUGGUGUUGACAUGACCUUGCCGACUUUUCAGCAGCAGUCUUGGUGGGGCAAGACUGCGAUCGGCUCGAUCGGGCCCACAACGACAGCGAAGCUCAUGGCCGAAGGCCUCUCGGUUGCUGCUGAGGCGGCUCGGCCCAACCCGCUCUCUCUUUUGGACGCAAUUGUGCAUGCCCCAUCCACUACCGAAUAG